AUGACAGCCUCGCCAAAGCUACGAGCAGCAAACAAGACACCUCCAGUAGACCAAAACAAGCGGGUCGAAGACCUCAAUGGCGGAGAUGAUUACGACAAGUUCUUCUGGACAUACACAGAAGAGCCACACAAGACGAGAAGACAGGCGAUCAUAAAAGGGCACCCAGAGGUCCUCAAACUCUGCGGUCCCGAACCACUCACCAUCCCCCUCGUCCUCGCAGUGGUCAGCCUCCAAGUCCUCUCCGCCUACAGCCUCCGCAACCAACCAUUCAUCUCCUGGCCCGUCUUCCUUACAGCCUACAUCAUCGGCGCAACCGCGAAUCAGAACCUCUUCCUAGCCAUACACGAAAUCACGCACAACCUAGCCUUCAAAUCCCCAUUGGCCAACAGAUUGCUAGCGAUAGUAGCGAACCUACCGAUUGGGAUACCAUACUCGGCGUCAUUCAGACCAUACCAUUUGACACACCAUAAAUCUCUCGGUGUAGACGGCCUGGACACCGAUCUCCCUACAGCGCUGGAAGCAUACUUCCUCGACUCCGUAGCCGGCAAAGCCUUCUUCGCGACUUUCCAGAUUCUAUUCUACGCCCUCCGACCAAUGUUCGUCUACAAACUUCCCCUGACCUGGAUUCAUGGCUUGAACAUCCUAGCCCAAGUCGCCUUCGACUAUGCGCUCGUCAAAACCUGCGGUGGCAAGGCUCUUGGAUACUUGAUCCUGAGUUCUUUCUUGGCCGGCUCCUUACACCCUUGUGCCGGACACUUCAUAGCUGAACACUACGUUUUCUCCCAGGGCAGCCGAAGCAGGGAGGUCAAGACAUCGCAUUCUGCCAAACUCGCUCCAGCGCCCGAGGAGACGUAUUCGUACUACGGUAUUCUCAAUCUUCUCACAUACAACGUGGGACUACAUAACGAACACCAUGAUUUCCCGGCUAUUCCCUGGACCAGGCUAUGGAAGCUGAAUGAGAUCGCGAAGGAGUUCUACGAUGAUUUACCCUGUCAUCAUAGUUGGGUGGGUGUGAUCUGGCAAUUCAUCCUGGAUAAGGAGGUGGGACUGUGGUGUCGUGUGAAGCGCAGUGAAGGCGGGAGGAAAGUUGGGGCUGGUGCUGGGCAUGGGCAGCCGAUAGAGAUUACGAGUUAG